UGAGCGCACAUACCAAUUUCCAUGUCUCGACCACUACUAUGUACCUAGUAGUGCUGUAAUGGUGCUGUGGUACUAGCCUACUAGGACGUUCUCCGCCCGACUAAUGAACUUGCCAUAAAUAAAUCAAUACGGAGUAAACCAAUUCCCCCCCACCAUUCAGCCCCUACCCCUCGUCGUCUCGACUUUCAUCUUGUUCGAUAGCUCCGCUUUGAGCCCGUUCCCAUUUUCGAAGUGACCUCUUGUUCACUUCUACAAUUUCCCGACCUUCCAACACAUAUUCCGCACUCUUUCCGAUUAGAAGUGCAUUCUCAAAGAAUAGAAUAACAGGAAUAAUAUCAAUAAUCUUUAUCAUCGUCAAUCGCUGAUAGAAAACGCUGCCCGCCUCUUCCUGGUACACUGUACUUCCAGAAUGAGUAAUUCUAACGAGGAGCUCGACCCUGUCCCUCUACCGGGGCAAUGGCCUGUUGACCCCCAAGACGAUGUACCGAUCGCAGAAGACCGUAUUUGGGUGGAUGGAUGCUUUGACUUUAGCCAUCACGGACACGCAGGAGCCAUGCUUCAGGCACGUAGGCUGGGACGGGAACUCUAUGUUGGCGUACACUCCGAUGAAGCGAUACUUGAGAACAAGGGCCCAACAGUUAUGACGUUAAAUGAGCGCGUAUCUGCUGUUGAAGCAUGCCGAUGGGUGACUUGUUGUGUCCCCUAUGCUCCGUAUGUGACACAACUACCAUGGGUAUCCCACUAUGGCUGCAAAUAUGUCGUCCAUGGAGAUGAUAUUACUUCCGACAGCAACGGGGAUGAUUGCUACCGAUUUGUGAAGUCUGCAGGGCGAUUUCGUGUGGUUAAAAGGACCCCCGGCAUCUCUACUACUGACCUAGUCGGCCGUAUGCUCUUGUGCACGAAGGGACACUUCAUCAAAAGCGUCAAAGCUACACUUUCUGGCGAGGAGGGAUCCGGAAACGAAGAGGAGCGACGGGAAGCUGCCACGAAUCUUAUGCAGAGGAUUCGCGACUAUGCCACUGAUGAGACAGGAUUGCACCCCGGCUCUCAUGUAUGGAUCUGGACUGGUUCGAGUUCCGCGAAGCUUGACAACACCACAGAAGAGCCUGGAUCGUUUGAAACACUUGUAGGUGGAAGGCCGUCUAGACCAGGACAGCGGAUCAUCUAUGUGGAUGGGGGAUUUGAUCUCUUCUCUUCUGGGCAUAUCGAGUUCCUUAGACAAGUUUUGGUACGCGAGGAAAUGGAAGGUCGCCAUCGUGGCUGGUACGACCCCGGAAUGAGAGAGAAGAGGCUCAAUGAACAUGGUGAAGACUAUGGCCCGGCUUAUAUCGUUGCGGGUAUUCAUGACGAUGAUGUAAUCAACCACUGGAAGCGAUUUAAUUACCCUAUCAUGAACAUAUUUGAGCGUGGACUUUGCGUUCUCCAGUGCCGUUAUAUCCAUGGCGUCGUAUUCUCCGCCCCUUUCUCGCCAAGUGAGCCCUAUCUGAGAGCCAUGCCCUUGGGUGUCCCGGAUGCUGUUUAUCAUGGACCUACCACAUUCAUUCCACUCACUUACGAUCCCUAUACUGCCCCCAAGAGAAUGGAGAUCUUCAGAGAAACGGACAGACAUGAUUUUCAGCAUGUAAAUGCCGGCGAAAUUGUUGAGAGGAUAUUAAAAAGCCGUGAAGCUUAUGAAGAGAGACAGCGUGCGAAGUUGCAGAAGGGAGCUGUUGAGGAGCUAGCGAAGUCUAGAGAAAAUACAGUAAACUAGGAUAGUGACAUUA